GCCGCGUUAUCAUCUGCGGUAGGUCAUCUAAUCAUGGCGACCUUCGUUUUAAGGCGUGCGUUUACGCAUCAAAAUUUCGCAUUUCCUAUUGUAGCAAAGGUGACACAAAAUGUACUUCUGUGUCAUCGCAAAUCAUUUGUAACAUCCUUAUACCGCCUAGCGGUAGCUCCAGCUGCAAAGAAGGUCUUUUUGCGAGAUAAACCUCACUUAAAUAUUGGAACCAUCGGUCAUGUGGAUCACGGAAAGACAACCCUGACAGCGGCAAUCACCAAAGUGUUAGCCGAGGAUUCAAAAGCUAAUUUCAUGAGGUAUGAGGACAUCGACAAAUCUCCAGAAGAAAAAGCUCGGGGAAUUACUAUCAACGCAACUCUUGUUGAGUAUGAAACUGAUGAGCGCCACUAUGGUCAUGUGGACUGCCCAGGACACGCUGACUAUAUCAAGAACAUGAUUACAGGAGCUGCCCAGAUGGAUGGCGCCAUUCUGGUAGUUGCUGCCACAGAUGGUACCAUGCCACAGACACGAGAACAUCUCCUUCUGGCUAAGCAGAUAGGUAUUACAAAACUUGUUGUUUACAUCAACAAGGCUGAUGCAGCUGACAAAGAAAUGCUGGAACUGGUCGAGAUGGAAGUGAGAGAACUGUUGACAGAGUUUGGAUUUGAUGGCAUGAACACACCAGUGAUUAUUGGUUCAGCUCUUUAUGCCUUAGAUGGCAAGGAUCCAGAAAUGGGAGCUAACUCUGUGCGCGAACUGCUUAAAGCUGUUGACACUUACAUCCCUUUGCCAGUAAGAGAUCUUGACAAACCCUUUUAUAUGCCUAUUGAAUCUAUCUUCUCCAUUCCUGGUCGUGGGACGGUUGUAAGCGGUAAGCUGGAGAAAGGUGUAAUCAAGAAAGGUGAUGAGUGUGAGAUCAUGGGCUUUGACAAGAUGUGGAAGGCCACCAUCACUGGUAUUGAAAUGUUCAAAAAGAGCUUGGAGCGUGCAGAAGCUGGUGACCAGCUGGGAGCCCUAUUGCGUGGUUUGAAGCGUGAUGAGCUGCGGCGUGGUCUGGUGCUUGGAAAACCAGGUACCUUGCGGAUGUAUAACCACUUUGAGGCUCAGAUCUAUCUUCUCAGCAAAGAAGAAAGUGGUCGAGCAAAGCCUGUUACACCUUACUUCCAGCCUCAGAUGUUCUGCACUACGUGGGAUGCCCCAGCUCUGUUGGAAAUCCCCCACAAAGAUCUUAUAAUGCCAGGCGAGGAUGCUAAGGUCAUUGUGAACUUGAGGCGCAAGAUGGUGAUGGAGAAAGGUCUGCGAUUCACCCUUCGAGAUGGAAGAGGAACCCUAGGAUAUGGGGUAAUCACGGAACUGCUGCCUGACCGGAAUGUGGAAGAGCUGGAGAAAGACCGUGUAAUAGCAAGAGAUAAGAAGAAUGCAGCAAAGUAAAAGACUGAAACAUGAGAAGAACAAGAGACAUUGAAAUUGUACUUUUUUAGUAUGUGUGAAUCAUGUUUUUUUGGAGGUUAAUGCAUGUGUAUUGAUGAAAAUAAGGAAAUACUACUGUAUUCACUUCUCAUAACUGAUGCUCCUACAUUAUAUCUUCUUUCAUAAUGAAAAAAGUAUUUUGUUUAUAACUCUCAAUAUUUCUUCUUUGAUAGAAAUGUAGAUGUGUUUGCAUUAAGAAGCAAUGCAGUAGUCAGAACAGAGAUAGACAAGAAGCAAUGGUAUGGUUGCUUUGUAUUAAUCUUUUUAACAGAGACAGACAUACCAGCUAGCAAAAGAAGUUUGAGAAAAAGAAAUGGCUAGAGAUAGAAGAGCAGAGAGUUGUUCAUGUAGAAAAUAUAAAAAAAUAUAGUUUUGAAAGUUCAGAGGAAAUUAAUACUUGCUAUAUGGAAAUUGCUGUUUCGUUUCAUUUUAAUAAAAUUUUAUAAAAGUGUAACUUUAAAAGAUGAAAAAAAAA